AUGGGAUGGAGCACUUCAUAUGACGAAGUAAUUAAGGUUGAGGACAUCGUUGACACUACUCCACCAGACAGACUACCACUUAGACAACUACAGAUUGAAAUAAAAGAAGCACUGAAUAACUCACACACAGACAGCAAGUUGUUUAUUCGAGUACCUAUAACCAGUGAUGAUUUCGAGGUAAUUAAACAGAUUGGUGAGGUUUACCAGACCAGGAGAGACAGAACAGUACAAUGUUUAGAGCCCAUACUGGGAGUCGGGUGGGAAUACAGAGUCAUCAAUGCUCAAGGUGAUAACUUUUUUGUCAAAACUGACACAGUCAAGUUUUGGUUUGGUAAGCGGAGGUCACUGGUUGAUUUCACAGUCUUUCCAGACCACGUAGAGGAGUGUUUCCUCGACAGAGGCUAUCAACUUUCAUUCACCUUUGUCGAAGCCCCAGGAAACGUGUCCCGACUGAAAGAUCUCCUCAAUGCCACCAGUUUAUAG